CUUUGGUCUUGAGUAACUUGGAAAUAUCACGAAAAAGGACCACUUUCAAACUCAUGUUUUUAUUAUUUAUGAUGUGAUUAAGUAAAAAAUAAGGUAUUGCACGGAAAGAUGCCUGCAGAUGGGGAGAACGAGUCUCCUGCCCCAUUGCAAGAUGAUCAGGCAGGCCACGGCAGUGAGUCCGAACAACCAGCUUCUGAUACCACAGUCAACACGGGGGUAAAGUCUCCAACCCUGUCGUCGGAAGAAAAACUUAAAUCUGCCAGUGCCAGUAGUCAUGUCUCUGAGGAAAGACCAAAAUCUGCUACAAGCCAUCCGAGUUCUGAUGACCAGAAAAGCUCUGGGUUAAACCGUUCUCAAACUCAGAGUAGAGGUGCUAGUGAAAGUCCCACACGCCCGAAGAGUAACGCUUCAGGAGAAAUCAAGUUUGAGGCAAAACCCAAAUCAUCCCGGAAGAAGAAACAGCUGCCUCCUGAUGCCCAUAAAGUCACUUUUACCGUGACGAUAGCGUUGGCAUUCCCAACAGAUCUAGAAAUAGAGGGCAGCACUGCUGCAACGCCAGACCGAACGCCAGUCCAAGAUGACGACCAACCUGAUAUGCGUGAGCUCAUCAAGAAGAAGAAGCGUGUUGUGGAGGCGCCACGCGCACAGAACUACUACCAUUGUGAAUAUUACCUGUUACCCACGGAUACAGAGCCGGUUAAGACAGAUAUUGUCACGUUCGGUAUGGCGGCCAAGCUUUAUACAGAGCGACAGGAACCUCGGGUGUUGAAGACAUGGCAGGAUGGAGACCAGACCUGGGUCUCUUGGACUCACAGCCACAACGUGGUCGUAACUGAUGAACUUCUCUGUGAGCUCUACAAACAUCGGCUGGAGCUCAGGAUCUGGGACACAAAGGAGAAAUGCUCAACGAGGGCAAGGUUUGAUCGCCCGAAAGCCUUCAGACUUCCACAAGCCAAGCCUGGUGAGGAUGCAGAUGACAUCGGUGGCGUGAAGACCAUGGUCAUCAAACAAUCGCGAUGUUUCCUGAAAAUGCAACCGAGGAAGUCCUACAUAGACCGCCCCCUUCCAUCGCAAACGCAAAUCGCAUUUGACGCUCUCGAAGUCCAGGCAUCCUUGGAGAAGACGAGCCGAAAGAGUACGCCUGCGGGAAAGGGCGACAAGAAACCACCUGGGACUGGGAAAGACACAGAAGACUCACCAAAGACGCCGGGCUCAGGCAAGGAAAGUCCAACCCCAACUGCCCUUGUUGCUGUCCCUAGUGGAGAAAACUUGGGGGGAAGGAGUUUCAGUAGGCUUGGCAAACUAGCCGGUGUUGGUCCACCAAAAGAACCGAAAGAACCAAAACCAGGCCGGGAGCGAGCACCGAAACCCCCGCCAAAAUCAAAGAGCCGGAAUAAAGAGAAUGCCUCGACGAAGGCGUCAACAAAGGCACCGACUCCGGCACCAGUGCCUAAGAAACCUGGUACAGCAGAGACACAGCAGGCGCAAACAUGGCCGGCAGCUAAGUCGGACACAAAAUCACCAAACGUUGGUGAUCAGGCUGCAACCGUAGAAGACAGCCCUGUAAAGCACUCCACCCAAACCAGGCCGAACAAAAAGGCUGAGGCCGCAGCUCUGGCAGCCCUAGAGCACACAAAGAAGUAUGGCGUCGCCAUGGUACCAAUGAGAAUGGCGGAAUUCUUUGCCGGAAAAAUGAUGAUGACAACUCGUCUGGAAAAACCAGUGCCGUCAGUUGACGAUGUUUUCCUGACGGUGUUGAUUAAUGAGCCGUUGUUAUCUGAGGAGCAGACCAGGAAAUUGAACCCACUCAUAAUCACGGUGAAUUGUGGGAAGAAUAUGCCGGCAAAGCCACUAGGAUAUGAAGAACUGUCUCAAAGAUGUAGCCCAGUUUAUACUAAGUAUAAAUUCUUUGACCAGCCGGACCACUGCAGUAUGCGCAGGCAGCACGGCUCGUCCAUCUAUUGGGAUGAUAUCAAUGUGUUUCUCGCAGGAACAAUGGAUAAGUCGCAGCUACGUGAGUGUCUCCUUGGGCCUCCCCUGACGAUCGAAGUGCACGACCGCGAUCGAGAGAUUCUGGACGAGAAAUUGAAACCAGCGCUAUUUGGCGACGACUUGGAGGAUGAGAAGAUUAGUAACGUUGGCACUGUCGCGUCAAGAAGAACAGUCCACAAUGCAUUUAGCGGUCGCGAUAAGCCGUGGGACCCACACGGUAUCGCCAAAUUCGAUCUCUCAGGCCUUCUGCUCGGGCAGAAAAUGUUAAGUUUGAAGGUACCAAUCCAGCCUUGUGCCAACCCUGAUCUGCUUGGCUUGAAGGAGGGCAAACAGGAUGAGAAGUUGGUGGGCAUCGCGGGGGCCGUUGAUGGCCCGGUGGACUCGCCCACACCUGCAGGGCAUUACUUCCAAUCAGGCGCAGCUCUGAACAUCAAGGUGACUGUGGCCCAUGCGCUAACAACCCCUGAAGAGGUCGCCGCCAAGCCUGAUAUCGAAACGACAGAACAGUGUCCGUUUGGUCGUAUCGUCUUCAUGUUUGACUAUCGUAAUACCAGCUUCUUGCAGAAGAUUCAAACCUUGAUCACGGAGAUCAACGCCAAGGCCCUAGCGCUCGAUAAGAUGCCGCUACAUGUCAUACAGUUAGCGCUGUCCACCUACAAAUUAUCCAGGGAACAGCAGGCCAGUCGAGCCCUUGACAUUGUGACCGGCUUCCAGGUAAUGGAUGGUAUCAGGCACGUGUUCAUCCUAGAGGGUCUCAGAGAGGGAGCCAUCAGACUGAUUUGGGAAUCCCUGCCUAAACCAGAAAACUCAGAUAUAGAUGUUCUCUACCACAAUGAUAUGAGCUUCAGUAGUCGUUUGUACGGCCCCCUAGACGUUGAUCUCUGCCGGAUCAAGCUGCACGAACCCCUCCAUAUCAUCAUACAGCAGUCGUUGCUCUACGUCAGGGACAUGGUACCACGACCGUGCUUCUUAGCACUCACAAAGCUCUAUGAGCUGAUUGCAACAACAAAGCUUCGACAUGCGAUUAGCAAUGAUCUAUUCCCGACGGCAGGGAUGGUGGUCUCCAUGAGUCGAGAGUUUGGCGUGCCGCUGACGAGUGACGACUUCGAAGAGCUACAGCCAAAGACCACACUUCCGAUUGAUGACAAGGUGUACACACCAUUUGGGGCUCGCACGAGCAGGACAUGGACACCUAUUGACAACUUCAAUGAUAAUUAUGAGAACAUUCUAUUCGAUCGCGAUGGUGCGGAAGGAAAGGACUUCAUCAUUGAAAAUAAGAAUGUGGUUAAAGAAAUCAGCGACGCAAACCAUGUCGUGAACCAGAAGAACAAGAAGGUGAUGAUCCAUGCUGACGUCACUCCUGCUCAUAACUACAGCACACAGCAUCUCAACUCAACAGAACUUGCCAAGGAGAAGCUGAGGCAGGAACUGGCCAAGCACCCUGACCACCGUUUUACGUACUGCCAUGAGUACCAGCAUUCCAUGACCGUCGUCCCCGUCAACGUGGAAGAAGUACGCAAACACCAGGAGGAGCUGUCUCGAUCCCAGUGGCGCACCGACAAGGGCUGGGUUUACCCUGGCGUCAGGAAUAUGAUUGAGAGCAACGUCCACCCACGCAAGCCGGUCGAGCCGAGAAUCGAUGAAUUGAAAUUGCCUUGGGUAGAGAAUACUCUCCAUACUUGCCAGAUGCAACCGACUCUGGAGAACCGUCAACACUUGGCCUGGGAUAUGCGCCAUGCUGACAUGAACCUCUGGAAAAAGCCGCCAGAAAACUUCGGCAACAGCCCACCGAUUACCAUUCACCUAGCCGGCGAGAAACUUUACCGAGAGCAGUUAGAAGCAGCGCAUAAGUCGUUCAAGGAGUGGAUUCAUAAGAUAGUUGUGGACGAUCUUAAGGUUCAUAAUCAUCGCUGUUUACCCGAGACGGAGAUGAGGAAUAAGGGGUUCAAGUCGAGCAACCAGUUGGAUUCCCUGCAAGGAAUCCGUAAAGAUCCGCCAAAGAAACAUAGUCUCAAGAAACCAGGGAUGUACCUGGAGGAUUUGCCUCCGUUGAGCGUUGUUUUGAAUCCGAGUGUUGACACUGCGACGCGUUUGGCUGGGAAGAGCACGGCACCUGCUGUAGAGAACGAGGGGGUCGAAAAGAUAGACGGAUUUGGUCCAGGGCCGUUCGAGGAUCAGAGCUGGGUCUUGGAACGUAAUAAGAUACCACUGAGAGAUUAUGAACACAAAAAGUACGACGCAAGAAAUGGCAAGGAUUUUAAUGUCUACCAUAAAGAGCGGCGAUCCCUCAGUAAACGUCCGAUACAGCCGCUCACCUCGGAAGAAUACGGCACCCACCUCUUCAAACUACCACAGUUCUACCCUGAAUCCUACGUCACACAAUCGGCCCAAGAACUACGGCGGUACCAUCCUGUGCCACCUAUUGGGGAAAGUGCGAAUCAAUCGAAGGAAAAUGAAAAUCUGCUGAAACAAGAACGAACAAGAGAAGUUGACGUCUGCUGAGUUUACAAGUUGUAUUUUUAUAGGACAUUGAUUAAUGAAUAUUUGUAACCUUUUUUUGUUGUUGUAAAAGUACAAUGUAUCAGAAGAAAUAACAAUCUGUGAUAGACUAUUAUUUAUUUUGUAAAUAGGGGUUUUUCUGUUUUCUAUGAGUGAGAUUAUUUGGAGACAGCAAGUAGGCGGUGCUAAAGCCUUGAACACUCAUUAGCAUUAUGCGAGUGGUCAAUGAUCAUUGACGACAGCAUCAUAUUGGGUAGUGAUGAUGUCAUGUGCAUGUCAUCUCAUCGAAACUGCUGCUUUAUAUCCUAGUUGUGUCUUACUCAAUCUGGUCGUGCUGCUUCAUUAUUCCAGGCCUGCCAUGAGGCAGAUUACAUGAUAUGUCUGUGAAGAAUGGUGGAACCAUUUGAAACGUCAAGAGGAUGAUUAACAUUGAUUGUGUAAAAACAAUCUUUGUAUCGUGACAUAUUUUAUGGUCAGAUGGAUGUUCUCACAGAUGUAGCAUGAUGCAUGUCCCUGGUCGCAAAAUAUUCACUGUCUGAAAUGUGUAUACUAUACAUGUGUAUGUAUACCAUGUAAAUAAGCUGCAAAAGACAAUGGGUGAUAUGAAUAAAGGCUAGCAAAUGCUUUUACUUCAAUUUUGUACAGAAAGGCCUAGUGUAAAUGUACAUGGAGUUUUAGAUAAAAGCAUUUACUACUCUUUAUUCAUAUAACCAAUGUAUUGUAACAAGGAGAUUCCGUCCAUGUAAAUAUAGUUUUGAUAGAUAUCAUGAUAGAGUUUGGAUGUAUUUUUGUCCUGAAUCAUUCCAGUGAGCAACAUUCUCACCACCGAUUUCAAGUCUGUGAUA